CUUCAAGUUCAGUCACCUUCACUGUCUGUGUCACAAAGUGGAACGCACGCGCACAGCAGUGCAUGGCCGUCUCUCUUCUGUCGCAAGUAGGUAUUGAACAUUCUCACAACAUUGCAUGAGAAGCUGCUAUUUCAUCCAGACGUGCUGUUCUGGCAUUAAAAUCUCUGCUUUCUGGAGGUGCAAGCAUUGCUUGUGCUCACCGCCUGUAGUGCCACCUUCUGGGCAUGGUUGCGGAUGCGUAAACGCCUUUCCUGACGGCAACAUGGCGGCAUCUGGUGCCUGCCUCUUGAGAAGUUCAACGCUGCAAGGGCUGAGCAGCUGCAGAUACAAACGUGUAAGCCCUCAUGGUUCAGCCAACCCACAGCAGAGUCUUUUCCACAUAGAGCGAUUGAAUAGCCUUCCUUACACCAAGUGCCAGGGACUCAUAUCAAAGCGAUGGGGAGUGGAUACAACUUCGUUUGGCAAGGAGCAGCUGCGGUUGAGGAGGGGGGGCCGCAGUGUAGUGGGGUGUCGAGCAGCUGCUGAUGUGGAAUAUGCUCCCUCUGAGGAGCGGGCCCGAAUUGCGCCAUGCGAACAGGCCCCAACCCGUGAGGACCUCGUGAGCGGAAACUGGCUGGACAAAGCAGACCAGCAGGGGAUGCUAGUCGCGGAACGGUUGGCGCUUGGGGCGCAAGACAUCGAGGACGAGCUUCUCGCGCCGGAGCGGCUCACAGAAGACGAGAUCGCGGAGUUCCACGAGGAUCCGAACGUGGCGCUCAUUCUGAACCCGGGGGGCGACCUGGUUGGGACGUACAUAGGUUCGGAGCAAGCAGUUGCGUGGGUGAAGAGCCUCGACUCCGAGGCAGCGGUCACGUGGUUUUGGAACCGCUUAGAGGAGGACAACUACCGGCGGUUCAUGGCGAAAGGGGGGGACUGGUGGAGGGGCGACGAGUGGGAAGAGAGACCCCCCCAUUGGUACGAGUACCGGCGGAAGGAUGGGAAGAGGGUGGUGUGGGGGCAAAAGAGACGGAUAGAAUCCCAUUCAGUCGAAGAGUUUACCACGGAUACACUGGAGCGAGUGGCACGAUUUCUGGUGUUCCACGAAGAGGGGAAGGGAUCGCUCGCGAGCCAACCGGAGGGCUCGGUGGGGCGGUAUUUGCGGGACCGGAUACUGGAGAGCAAGGCGUGUUGGCUCGUGGAUGGGACGAUAAGCCCGCCCGUGUCCGAACUAGAGGCGGGGGAUGAAAAAUGGCCUGAGUACAUGCAGCGGAAGUGGAAGGAGUUCAAGGAGGGAUUCAUGGAGAACAAGUAUGAUGCGUGGAGGCAGGGGGUUGCGAUUGAUGAUAGGAUCGGGCAGCAGUACUAUGUGCCAAAGAAGUUUGGCUGGAAGGGGCCGGUGCACAGGACCAUGUAAUUGUUUUUAUAUAAGAUGCCAAGCGGAAGCAGGGACAGCAGGACCUGCUUAAUAUCGAUAACACCAAUCCUUGUAAUGGUAGGUGAAGAGUGGUUGCGGUCUCCUUUAAUCCGCCCGCCUGCUUGAGUCUGCACACGGGCUGGAAUUGGAUCAGCGUU